CUUGCGAGAGCCUAACCCUUUGAGAAGUUGGUCCGGGUGGAGGCUAACGCCCUGCGCGCGCGUUCCUUCUAGUGUUGUAAGUAAACGCAAUGCAAGCAAGGGCGCGUUUUGCAUGAUUUGCACGGAGCUGGCCUGCUUGAUUGGCUGCCUGGAAUAAAACAUGGCUAAGGUGGAAAAAUUUGAUUUUCACAUACCUACUCUGGAGGAAGUGGCUGAUGUUCUACAGAAUGGACUUCGAGGAAAUUUUGCAGAUGUCCAGGUAUCCGUGGUGGAUUGUCCUGAUAUGACUCAAGAACCCUUUUGUUUUCCUGCUAAAGGUAUUUGUGGCAAGCCUAGAAUUGCAGAUGUGGGAGGUGUUCCAUAUCUUUUACCGCUUGUACAGAAAGACAAGGUUUAUGACCUGAACAUAAUAGCGAAAAAUAUACAAUUACCCGGAGCAUUUUUUCUUGGUGCUGGAGCUGUUUCUUCCAGAGUAGUUGGAAAUAAUGCUGAGUUUAUCCCAAUUGUUCAAGCUGAAAAGGAAGAAAAGGCAGCAAUCAAUGGAAGUUACCUAGCCAAGAUCAACCCUGAGGAUGGCACCUGUCUGCUCCAAAAAUACAGCUCCCUACAUAAGGAUUGUGAAUUUGGACUGCUGGCUAAUCUAUAUGCAAGUGAAGGCCUUCCUGGUAAGGUCAUUGAAGUGAGAGCAAAGAAAAGAACUGGUGAGCAGAAUUUCAUAUCCUGCAUACGGAAAGCCUUAGAUAAGCAUUAUGGUGACAGAACAGUAGGAAUGGGAGGUACCUUCAUUAUCCAGAAAGGAAAUGCAAAACUUCAUAUUAUGCCUUCUGAAUUUUCUGCCUGUCCUUUGGAAACUGAUGAGAAGGUGAACAAUUGGCUGAAGUUUUUUGAAAUGACAGCUCCGCUCAUUUGCCAGCCUGUGAUUGUUUCUCAAGAUCCAGGUUUUGAUCUGCGUGUGGAGCACACCCACUGUUUCAGCCAUCACGGUGAAGGAGGCCACUACCAUACGGACACAACUCCAGAGACUGUAGAAUAUCUGGGGUAUUUUGUCCCUGCUGAAUUCCUCUUUCGGAUCGACAGACCAAAGGAGACGCAUAUGGUGGGUCGGGAUUAAAGUCGAACCCAGCUGAUGUUAAUGAAGAAGCAGAAAAUCAAGAGAUGACUAAAUUUGCUUUUCACUAGGUUCAACUAAUGUCUGAUCACAACCUGAAUGUAUUAUUUUUUUUGGCACUUAAAAAUAAAAUAUGGCAAAAUUUGA